AUGUUGCAUUCAACACCUUCAGGGACGUGGCUCCCCUCGUGGGUUCCAGAGUCGACAUCUACCUUGUCUGUCUUACUCAUGCUCUGCUCUGUGGCUCAGUCUACCACUGGUGGUUACGACGGAUCUAUGCUCAACGGCCUGAAUAUCCUGCCUUCUUAUACCGAGUACUUCAAUCUCACCUCUGCGACACAGGGACUCAACACGGCCUCAGUCUUUAUCGGAGGUUUCUUUGGCCCCAUGGUGGGAGGUAUAAUGUCUGACAGGCUGGGCCGACGACCAACGCUCUUCUGGGCAUCUAUUAUCGCCAUCGUUGGCAUAAUUCUGCAGGCAGCCGCCCAGAAUAUUGCCAUGUUCGUAGUGGCUCGCAUUAUUCUCGGAUUUGGAACUGGAAUUAGCAAUGUCGCUGCGCCAGUGUAUCUAAGUGAGACUUUCCCAAGCCGCUGGCGUGCUUGGGGCGUUGGUCUAUUGAACAACUUUUACUACAUUGGCGCUCUGAUUGCUGCUGGCAUCACACUCGGCACUGGCAAAUGGGAGUCCACAUGGGCAUGGCGCUGCCCAUCUUUGCUGCAAGGCGUCUUCUCCCUCAUUUGCAUUGUCAUCUUACCAUUUGUCCCCGAAUCGCCCCGAUGGCUAAUUCGCCAGGAUCGAUACGAAGAUGCCCGCCUUGUUGUUGCGCAGACCAAUGCCGAUGGUAAUCUAACCGACCCGGUUGUCAUGACCGUCUACAAGGAGAUUGUUGACACUUUGGACUGGGAGAAGAAGGAGGGCCGAACGAUGAGCCCAAAGGAAAUCGUAAAGAACCCUGUGGCGAGGAAGAGAGUUCUGAUCGGUGGCUCGGCUGGACCAUUUUCAUGCAUCGCCGGUAACAUUAUUGCGUCGUACUAUCUUGGGAAUGAGCUCGACACAGCUGGUGUAAAAAGCUCCGACGAUCAACUUAAGGCUAAUGUUGUUCUGAAUGUAUGGUGUCUUGCUUGCUGUUUGGUAGGCACACAGCUCGCUGCCUCAUGGGGACGUAAAUCUACUGCCCUCCUCUCUCAAGGGCUCCUGAUUGUCUGUCUAUUCAUCAUCGGCGGUCUUUCAAAGCUCUACGCCGAUGACCCCGACGGGGCGUCCAACAGCCUUAUCUACGGCGACGUGGCGGUCAUGUUUCUGUUCCAGGGCUUUUACUCCAUUGCGUGGACGCCCCUGCUUACACUCUACCCACCAGAAGUGAUGGAUUAUCCUACCCGAGCGAACGGUGUUGCGUUUUCGCAGUUCACUCUCAACGGUCUUGCAAUGCUGCUCGUCUUCGUCAUGCCAAUUGGGAUUGAAAAUAUUGGCUGGAAGAUGUACAUGAUUAACGGAUCGUGGGACAUUGUCACAUUUGCCCUCAUUGCUGUGUUUUGGGUCGAAACAAAGGGCAAAACUCUGGAAGAGAUUGAUGCGCUCUUCGAAGGUAAAAAGCGUUCGAAUGUGCCAAAUGUGGAGGAUGUGAGGAAGGGGCGGGAGACGGUUGAUGUGGUUCAAAUUGAGAAGCAGCUGCAGCACCAGGCAGAGUAA